AAUUAAUUAGGACCAUACUCUCGUUGCUUUGGAUUCUUGGUAUUGGGUCUCGAGCUCUUCCUUGUUCUUUUAGCCUUUCCAUCAAAUCCCACAUUGGUUUUUUUCUUGAUGUUCCUCUUUCCAUGGAGAAAGCCCCACUGAAUAAAUAAACAAAACACACUCAACCUUUCGAGGCUGAUUUCAGCAUUCAAAAUUCUUCUUCCUCUACAUUCACCAUUAGCAUUUCCUUUUCUCUCAAAAAUCUUCUGGGCAUUGUUGAGAGGUCUGUUGUUGUUUAUGAGGGCACUGUGUCAGCCAUUAAUUGUUCCUCUGUUGUAUGUCCUUUAAGUUAUUUUAUUUUUCUUAAAAAUUAUUCUGAGGUUUAACAGAGGAAGGGAAAUGGAGCUCAAGAGAGGGCAUUUCAUGCAUCAUUUGUGUCACGACUCAUCUUUUUUCUGAUCUAUGGUUUGCCAAAACUGCAAGGUGUCUGAAUCUGUAUAAAAAGAACCAUACAUACAUGAAGAAGGGGAGAUUGCAAUAAAUAAACUAAUUAAUUACCUGCCCACAUAAUCUGUAACUGUGUUGAAGGAAUGGGUUGUGUAGCCUCAAGAAUCGACAAAGAAGAGAGAGUGAGGAUCUGCAAGGACAGGAAGAGACUGGCGAAGCAGCUGUUGGGGUAUAGGAAAGAAUUUGCAGAUGCACAAUUAGCGUAUUUGAGAUCAUUAAGGAAUACUGGAGUGACCUUAAGACAGUUCACUGAGUCUGAAUCUUUGGAGCUUGAGGACAACACCACUUCCCGCGUCGCCGGAUUCCCGCCGUCGCCGUCUCUCCCUUUGCCGCCAUCGCCGCCGCCGCCGCCCAACUUCAGCCCUGACUUGAGGAGGAAGUUUGAAGACGACAAACGCCCCUCAACUGCACCGGAAGUUGAAGAAGAAGAAGAAAUCAUCGAAUUAAACGAAGAAGGGGGCCAUACUCCACCCCCUCCAGUUCCUACAUCUUCUUGGGAAUAUUGGGACCCUUUUGGCUCUGCAUCUUUGCAAUGUGGAAGAAACAGCGAAACAGUGGAUCAAGACGAGGAUGACGAGGAGAAUUGGAUCGAUACGAACUCUGAAUUCGUCGACGAAAACGACGACUCUAUUCCAGCCGCCGACGACAUUGAUCGCCAGCAUCAAAGUGUCGAGCUUGUCGACGACAGUGCAUCGAUGAUGAGUUCCCACACAAAAGACUCUUCUUCGGACAUGGCGAUGGUUGUGUGGAGCAAGAAGACAUUAGCCAGUGUAAUAAAGGAUGUGGAUGAGUAUUUUCUCAAAGCAUCUGGCGUGGUUAAGGAUAUAGCUGUUUUCAUCGACAUGGACGCCACCGGCGGCACUUUCCUCUACCAGAGCAUCAAGGAGAGCAAGAGGAAGAGAAGCAAUUCGGCGAAAGUUUUCAGCGCCUUGACGUGGAGUUGGUCUUCGAAGUCACUACACUUCGCUAGAGAAACUGGAAGCCCCUCUGUGUCGAGCGAUCCAUGUAAACCGGGAGCACACUGCAUCACACUGCAGAAACUAUACUCGGAGGAACAGAAACUCUACAAGGAUGUUAAAGAGGAGGAGACAUCGAAGGUGGAGUUUGCGAGAAAAACGUUGCUGCUGCAGAGGCAAGAGGAGGAGCACGAUUGGGGCAAGGUGGAGAAGACACGCUCAGCGCUUGAUAGUCUGCAAUCUUACAUCUUAUCGUUGCAGGAAUCGAUAGGCAGGUCUUGUUCGACGAUAUUGAUGGUGAUGAACCAGGAGCUGCAUCCUCAGUUGAUUGCAUUAGCUUCAGGAUUGAUGCACACAUGGCAAACGAUGAAUCGUUGCCAUCAAGUCCAGAACCACAUUUCGCAGCAACUGAGUUGCCUGACGGAUCAACAGAACGCGGAACCUACGACUGAGUACCAUCAGCAGGCCGCAGCGCAGCUGCAAAGGGAAGUAGCGUCAUGGUACGACAGCUUCUGCCGGCUAGUUAAAUUUCAGCGCGAGUAUGUAAGGACCCUCCGCCAAUGGACCAAACUUACCGACUGCCUUGAAGUUAAUGGCAAUUCGGAGACAGGUCAAUCUUCGAAGCUGCGCAUAGCCGUGGAAAAAUGGCUCCAAGAACUUGAUAAAGCCCCUGAUAAAAUGGUGUCCGACGCCAUUAAAAGUCUGCUAUCAGGUGUACACAUGAUCGUUACGCAGCAGCAAGAAGAAGUGAAUGCGCGCAAAAGAUCGGAAAAGGUUGCGAGGAAAUUGGAGAGGGAGGCUGACUUACUUUCAGAAAUGGAGAUGAAGUUUGCAGGAAGUUCAUUUCUCGAAGAUGCGACUUCGAAACACCCGUUGGUGAUGAAGCGAGCCAAAGUGGAGUCGAUGAGGAGGUUGGUGAACGACGAAAAGGCCAAAUUCGAGAGCUGUGUUAAAUUGACGAGAGGCAUGAUUCAUAGCAACCUGCAAACAGGUUUGCCGAAGGUGUUUCAGGCGCUGAUGGCGUAUUCGAGUGCUUCUGCGCGGAGCUUCGAGGAGGUUUUGAACAAUGCCUGCGAAGAAGAUACACAAACUGCAGCAGAAUAUGGGAUUUGAGUGACUGUAAUGUGGCUAUGUACAUUCUUCUGGCUCCUCUGCCAUUUGAAACUUUUGAAUGUGAACUGAUUUAAUCUCCUCUUCUGAUGUUAUUUGCAAUUUUGCACUCUUAGAUAUUGAUAGAACAUAGACUCUGUAACUUUGAUUUAAUUUUCUUUACCACUCCAUUGCAUCAGUUGCCAUGUUCAGUUUUGUAUUUCAUUUCCCAGUGUCAAAGCAGGAAUAAUAAGCAUGAGGUACAAUUCAUCAUAUUAUUAUAUAUACCAUCAACAUAAAAAAAAUAAAAAACAAAAAUUUAAAUAACACCGAUGUUCUUAAGUCCCAACACAACCCCAACCCCAAUAAU